AUGACUCCGGCCCUGGUCUCCCGUCGCCUCAAGGCCUCUUCGGGGGACUCGGGCCUCUCGGAUCUGCUCCCCCGAGCUCGCCGCUCCUCCAGCCCGGCUUCGCGCGGGCGCCCACUGUUCCGGCCCGCAGCCGGCAGGCCAGUUCGGAAGGGGCGGGCCUAUGCGCCUUGGGCCCCGCCCCAACCUUGUACUCGGGGGCGGGGUUACGAGUCUCGGGAGGAGCCGGAGCGCGAGUUGGUGGCGGUUUUUUUGACCCCGCGGUUCGGUAACCUUGGCAGCCAGAGCCGGCUUCCCGGGCCCGCGAGCUGGCCGAGUUUUGUGAGCCGUAACGGUGCCUUCUGCCGGAAAAAGAGGACAGGAUGCUCUGGUCCUUUUCAUCAGUUAUGGGGUGGUAUUAUUCACUCCCUUCAGACUCAAGUGGAAAUAAAAAGGAGAUAUCAUUUAUGAGCAUACAAAGACUAUUUUACUGGUUCUGUUGCUGUUGAUGCAGUAUUAAGUCAUCCCUGGCAAAAUACAUGCCUAAGUAGUAAUGACACCUCACUUCUUAAAGGAGUUUGUCUUUGCCACGUUCUAAUGAAUCAUAAAGUAUUUGAACUAGUAGGAAUGAAGCUAUUGAAAAAUGAAAAGGAAUUAGAAUUUGAAGAUUCAAACAGUAGUCUCUACAGUUUUCUAGACAAUAAAUCAUCUUAUAUUUUUUGCAAAAGAAGAAAAGGAUUCUGGGAAUGGAAUUUAUACAAGGAAGAACUUGUAUCUUCUUUGAUGAAUUAUAUGCUUUAUAAUUUUGAAAAACGAGAUGAAAUGAUUUCAAAUCCUCUAGCACAAGAGAUUGGUGAGGAAAGAAUAGAGGAACCUAUUCAUACAAUGAGUGGGAAUAUGGCUUUACCUCCAAAUAUCAUAGUUGAUAAACCUGUUCUCUCACUUUCAAAAAAAGGCGUUUCCUUCUACAUCAUAAUUAUAUCACACAGGACAGAUGUUUGGAAACAACAGACAUUUCUAUGUAUUUUUUGACCGAUUCACCUUCCAUUCUUGGAAAAUAUGUUGAAGCCUCCUGUUAAAACACAAAAUCUUCAAUUAAGUAAAGAGGAGGAUCUUAUUCUCUCAAACACUUGAUCUUAUUCUCUCAAAGAGUUUAUUCCAAGCUUAUGUUUACCUGAAAUUGACAACUGGUUUAUUAAUGCAGCAAUUAAAUGUUGCUAUUUCCCUGACCAGUUAGAGUUAUUCAGCAGUUAGUACAAAAUGGAAAAGACAGGAUUGAGUAUACAGAAGAAGAUACUCUUUGAUGUUGUAGUAAAAUACUAUAAUCAAGAGAGAGAUUGCCUAUUAACUGGUGAGUGUUCUGAUAUUCAGUUAGGAAUUAUUGAAAUUUUAGAACCAAACACCCACAAGUUACAAAAACAGUAUAAUAACAAAACGGUGGUCCUUAAAACUCUUGUCAAAGCAGUUUUGCAAACGAGAUCAUUAUUAAAAUUAUGGGCAGAACAACUGGUCUGGUUUUUACUGAAGUAUCACUCAGAUAUUCAAGAUAAUCCUGUCUUUUAUGUUGAGAAUGUGUUGUACAGCGGCAAAGGUAGAAGUGGGAACACCUUUUCGGAGGCUGUUGUAAUAAUCUGGGCAAGAGAUACGACUCCAGUUACUUUAUUGGAUCUGGGUAAGAAACUUAAGAAGCUUCUACAUGGAGAAGAUCCAGAUGCCAUAUCAGGUAUCGAUUCAGGUUUGUUCCGUCUUUAUCAUCAGGAGACUAUUACAGCCAAGUAA